UUACAUUACUUUCGUUAUUGCGGCAAAAGCUGAGCUGUGAAUGGCUUGUAGAAAAAGUGCGUCGUAGACAAGAGAAUUUUGUGCUGGUAAAAACGUUUUAGAAUAUCACAAGUUCUUAUCUUUUAUAAGAAUUAUUAAGAAAUCUAUUGCUGCAUUAGUUUGUUGCGUCAUACUAUGUAGUUGCACUCAAUCGACAAAGCGAAGUGGAUAUUGAAAGUCACACUAACUUCGUACACGGAAAGAAAGUUCAUCGCAUUCGAAAACUUCAUCUGUCAUGUGGAAAGCGAUAUCAAAGCGCUUUAAACGACCCUUCCUGAGACGGAAUAGUUUAAGACGUAACGAGGAAAACCAGACGUCCCAGGGCCGCGGGAACACCAACGCCAGGUCCAAGGAAGGAAAGCAGACUGAUGCGAUGUCAUCAAAACAAAUGAUCGAGGAACAUCUCCCUGUGACGUCUUUCCAAAGCAAAGAACAUCAGACGGAGGAGAAACAGUGCAGUUCAUUUGAGGAUAAAUCAGAUAUCAUGACAGUUCUUCAGAAGCUACGAGGCAUCGAUAAAGUCAGUUCGGAAAGAGAAAUGUUAGUAAAUCGAUCAGAGAAUUACGAACAUGUCGAUGAGAGACUUGAGACAGUGAACGAACACAACGCCUUGAAGACUGAGAUUGCGAAACUGAAAGUUAAAAUGGCGGAACUGAUACAGCAGCGCCACGAUGACAUGAGGAAAAUUGAGGAAACUAUUGAAGGACUGAAUGAGAUUGCUGAAAAUAUCGUUUCUGAAAAUUCGACGCUCCUGGUUAAAUUGGUUGAGCUGGCACAUCAGCAGGACAGUGAGAAUAACAAAAUGGCGGAAACCAUUGAAGGUCUGAAUGACGCCGUAGCCAAAAUGUCGUUGGAAAAUGCGACGUUGCAGGUUAAAACGGCCGAGCUGGCACAUCAGCAGGACAGCGAGAAGACCAAAAUGGCGGAGAGUAUAAAAUGUCUGAAUGACGCCGUAGCCAAAAUGUCGUUCGAAAAUUCGACGCUGCUGGUUAAAAUGACGGGAGUUCGAGGGCGUCCGCAGUGUGAGGCGAAGAUAAAUGAGGAUGACGUAAAAUGUCUGAAUGUGACUGCAGACAGGGAGUCGUCUGAAAAUGACAGGCUGUUACGUAACUGCGUUCAAGAUGACAACAACGUCGUUGCUAGAAGCAAGGACGUGGUGGAGCUUCGAGAAUCACGAAUAAGCAGGAUCCCGCUNAGCCUCACGAAGAGAAAUGCCAUGAUGCCGUUAAAAAGGACCAGAGGCGUCAGGCACUGACCUAGCAUCAAACGGACAAGAAACCAUUUGCUAACGGCGAAGAGCCCAAACUAAUAGACCCCCAGGCAUGAGGGCUUCUAAGAAACGAGACUCGUGGGAGAUGUUAGACAUCGGGCCAUUUUGUUCCUUGUGCCAACAUGAGUGGUGCUAAUGGCAGAGAUGAUGAGCUAAUUAACUUUGUAGUCUAUUAGUACAUUUAUAAAUUAAUAUGUGCUUUAUACACUUAGUACAAAACUUCUCUGGUUA